GUCUUCAUCCGCGAGCUGGUCUCUAAUGCCUCCGAUGCAUGCGAGAAGUUGCGGUUCCUCGAGACCGCUGGUAAGGUGAAUUCUCUGGCGGAUCCUGACACUCCCAUAGAAAUCAGCAUCACCAUUGAUCCGAAGCAUAGGCUUUUCAUCAUACAGGAUUCUGGUAUCGGUAUGACCAAGAACGAGCUCAUUGAGAAUCUUGGCACGAUCGCCAGGUCUGGUUCCAAAGAAUUUAUAACGUCAGAUAAGGUCAAUGCCUCGGGUGACACUGCCAAUCAAAUCAUCGGUCAGUUUGGUGUUGGUUUCUACUCUAGUUUUGUGGUCGCUGACAAGGUGGAGGUAUUCUCUCGGUCAGCCGAUGCUGCUGAGGACGGUGAAGGCCACGUAUGGGAGUCCGAUGGUCAGGGCAGUUUCACUAUCAAGCCGGUCAAAGGUCUACCGCGUGGUACUAAGAUUGUGCUUCACUUGAAGGAGGACGCUGCUGACUUUUGCAAGCCGGAGACUGUCAAGAAGGCUGCCUCCAAGUUUUCCAACUUCGUGGACUUUCCCAUCAGAAUGGCUGAGGGAGAGAAGGGCGAUAAGGUUAAGAUCAACAAGAAUGAUGCUCUCUGGAUGAGGACUAGCGCCACUGAGGAGGAGCAUACCGAGUUCUAUCGCUUCCUCUCUGGAUCUUCGUACGGGGAGCCCAUGUACUCGCUGAUGUACCACACUGACGCGCCUCUCGCUAUCAAGUCGGUCUUCUAUAUCCCGGAAGAUGCUCCCAACC